AUGCCCAAAGGAGCAUCCGGUGGAGGAACGGGGGACAAGCUUACCAAAAUCACAAUAAUCCUCGCUGGAGUAGCCUCUCUGAUUGCGACGGUGAUCUCGCUGCUUUCCAUAUGGCUUCAAACAAAGAACUACCGGAAACCUCUCCUUCAGCGAUAUGUCGUCCGCAUCUUGCUCAUGGUUCCCAUAUAUGCUGCGUCCUCAUGGGGCAGCAUCAAGUCGUUGAAAGCAGCAUUCUGGCUGGACCCGAUUCGAGACAUCUAUGAAGCCUUCACGAUAUAUACCUUUCUACAACUUCUCGUCAACUUCAUUGGUGGCGAACGGUCCUUGAUUGUAAUGAUGCAUGGUAGACAGCCUGUAUCGCAUCCAUGGCCCUUAAGUCUGUAUUGCUCCAAAGUCGACAUAUCAGACCCCCACACUUUCCUGGCUAUCAAACGGGGCAUCUUACAAUACGCCUGGCUGAAGCCUAUCCUGAGCUUUGUCACGAUUAUAAUGAAAGCCACUGAUACAUAUCAAGAGGGUUAUCUUGGGUUGACUUCAGGUUAUCUGUGGACCGGCAUUCUGUAUAACAUCAGCGUGUCUGUGAGUCUAUAUUCUCUUGCUAUGUUCUGGGUUUGCAUGUCUGAGGACCUGAAACCUUUUCGACCCGUACCAAAGUUCCUUUGCAUCAAGUUGAUUAUCUUUGCUUCAUACUGGCAAGGCUUUUUCCUCUCAAUUCUGCAAUUCCUAGGUGCAAUACCAAACGACGUUCCUGGAUACACACCGGAUAAUCUAGCUGCUGCCAUUCAGGACGCUUUGAUAUGUUUCGAGAUGCCCAUAUUUGCUGUGUCACACUGGUAUGCGUUCUCGUGGCAUGACUACGCUGAUGUGACGAUAUCUGCUGCACGAAUGCCUGUCAAAUAUGCGUUGCGUGACGCUUUUGGCGUCCGGGACUUGAUUGAAGAUAGCAAAGAAACGUUUCAAGGAAAGAAAUAUGACUACCGCGCAUUCGACUCCGGUGACAACGUGCUCGCCCAUGAGGAGUCUGAAUCACGCGUGGCUCGGAUGAUGGACGGAAUGAGAUAUGAGAGAGGCGGAAAGGCCAAAUAUUGGAUUCCCAAGCCUCACCAGGCUAACAUUCGCACGCCACUGCUCUCAGAUGCUGGAGCAAGUAACGGGGCGCCUCGAACGAGGUCGGACAGCAAGGCGCGGGAGUACCGGGCCACGUCACCAAACGCAGAAAUCGCUAUCGACCCUGAAGAUGAGAGAUUAUACGCUAACGCGAGAGCACUCGAGUUUGGAGAUUGGAAGUACCCUGUUGUCACUGUCAAUCAGCCGUCAAAGGAAAGAUGGAUGACCCAGGACCCCAAUUUAUUGACCACAUCAACAAACCGACACCUGUUCCAACCGACCAAAGACCACGAGAAACGGAGAAGAAGGGAGAUAAGGAGAGACAUUCGAAGGGGCAAGCGUAGCGGCAGUUCUACAUCGAGUGAACCUGGGUCAGGUAUUGCUGCCAAACUCAUUGGCAGUUCUGGUCGCCCGGGGUCGUCGGGGUCUGGAAAGAGCCAACUGGUCGACCUGGUGGUCGAGGACAUUGACGCAGAGGGAGCCGAAAGAGUGCGCGCACGUAAAGAGGGCGGGCCUGCUUGGAACAGAGAUGAGCAGAAACAUUUUGUGCGGACAUAUUCUGACGAAGACUUGGGUGAAGACAUUAGGGAAGGAUUCGACCCCAGUAGUGUGAAAGCAUCAGCCAAACCGCCAGAAUUCGCAGUGGGUGAGGAUCCAGAUGAGGAUGCCGAGGCGGAGCGCUCGACAAGUCAAGCACCAUUAGGAGAGGAGCACAACCCAUGGGACUCUCCGGAUCGGCGUUCCUGA